CGGAUUCCCAACAGCAGAAGUAUUCAUGUUUUAGGGGAACCAUCUGCGCGACGGAUGAUUUCUGGAGCCUCCGAAAAAAGAGAUACGGGAUGUUCACGUUUGUUUGUUUUCUGGCAAUGGUUUAAGUGCACUUACCCAGCCUGUAUCUGACAACAAAGUUGGUGUGUGCUCGCCCCUCAUUUGGUCAGUCACCCAACCAGCCCCAGGGAGAGUGAGAAUCCAGAAUUCAUCACCAUUGCGGAAUAGCACAGCUCCGACACAGAGAUGUUACCUGCUUCAUUAUGGUCGGAGACAGAUCGUGUUGGGGAGACCAGGGAUUCCAUGUUGAUUAAUCCUCUUUUAAUAAAGUCAGAACUUGGCAAGCCAAAAAGAAAUGGUAUUACACUACCGGGACCGAAUUAUGUGUACGGGACAUACAAUAGAGUCUUUGAUGGCGGAGUUCCUGCAGCUAUUGGUCAUUGGCGAAGUAUCCAACCCAAAGCCCAGGCAAAGCUGCAAAAACUGAGGCGUAACUUUGCUGCACUAAAUAAAGCAGCAAUUAAAGCUGGACUGGUUACUCCACGAGAGAUCUACCAGUUUAGGGCAACACAUGACAUUGGAACUUUAGCAAAUAAAGCAGAAAAGAAAGACGGCGUGCUUCCUGAUAUAACUUAUGGAAUGCCCACACGGCCUUCAACCCCUAUGUUUGACCUGCUGGAACAUAAAUUUCAGCAAAAGUGGAUAGAGGAACAGAAAGCAAUAGAUGUAAUGAAGAAGAAAAAAAAGACUCAUCAGGCCCACUUUGUAAAGAAUUAUCAAACACGUGCAGCAUUCUUGAGCAAAGCCAUACCACAGGUGGAUCCUCCACCGAUUGUGCACCCACUGCGUUACAGAAAGAUUGGACCUCACCUUGAUACAUUCCGGAGUGCUGAAGCUCGUCAGGCAGCUUUCAAAGCUAACUGGCUGGAUUCUGCAGCAAGGAGCGGUCCCAAUGGGCAAGGUGUCUAUGCCUUUGACUAAAUCCAUCCCUAAACCAACUAUUUUCUUCAGCUUGCAAAUAAAUAGAUUAUAACUUGUGCACAUUACAAAUACUUGAAACAUGUAAUGAUCUUAAUACAUAGUCAGCAUUAAAUUCAUUCUUUAGUUAUCUGAUUACAUUGGGUUUGUUUGUAAGUUCCUAUCAGUAGAUAGCUCCUCCAUACAGAAUGGACUUUACUUCUCGAAGCAGUAGUUGCUCAAGAGAAUAUGCCCAUUGUGAAACAAACAGAAGUUCUGGUGCACUGGGCCACUAAGAAACUCUAAUCAAUACAACAUUCCAGUAAAAUACUGGAGGAAGAAGACUUAACAAGUCUAUAUUUAGUAAAUUAAACAAUAAUCAAUACUCUGAGGAAAGACAACAUCUCCUAACCAUAUUUUAAAAACUAAAAAAUUCAAUUCAGAUAUCACUCAGAGUAAAGUGAAUUUGGACCCAUGGACAGCCUAGGCAGGGGGAGAAGUGGCAGGGAAUCAAUGCUUCCACCUUAACAUGUCAUAGGUAUGAGCCAAAUGUAAGGUCAUUCAAUAGGUAAGUCUGACUCUGGCCACACUGCAAAUGCUGAAAUUCUGCAUCUUUGCUGAAGGGAGGUAAAGAAGUAAAAACUUUGUUCAAGAUUCCCAGAUUGUGCCCACCUUUCCAGAAACAUUAGGAUGAUUUGCUGAAAUCAAUUAAACCAUGUUAGGUAACAGCUUAAAAUGCUCCCAAUAUUGUUUGUUGAUUGAUCCAAUGCACUUAUGAUCUGAGCCAAUGAUUGGACCCAUUCCGUGCCUACAAACAAUGACAUAGCCAGUGCAACAGCAGCUAGCCCAGCUGGUGGGUAUGGAAGGUACUGCACUGAAUGUUCAGUCCAGUUCAGUUCCAACUCCUCCAUAAUUUUUUCUGAUACUUUACGGUCGGAGCCCAGACUGUGGGUUGGUUGUAUUCAGACUGAAGAUGUAUAGCAGUGAUAUUGUUUCAGGUGUACUGUCUUACCCCUGGAUAUAAUGGUUUUGUUUCUAAUGGCUUAAUCAUUAUUUGUGUACAGUGUAAGUGUUAAAUAAAAAUAUAAAAAGCUAAAACAGAUAUGACAAGCAAUCACA